AUGUACUCGUCGUCAGUACCGGCAAUUGAUGGAACAUUGCUUGGCUUGUCAGCCGAUUCUCCGGUAGAAUGGCUGAACGCAGGCCAGUUGUUCAACCGACCCGAAGCACUGAUAGUCUAUGCCAUAACAUCAGACGACUUUACUGCGAACGUGCAUCUGCCUUCGAAAAAGUUCUUCGUUCUUCAGGAGGACAGAGCGAUGGACUUCGGCUCAGUGUUCAGCGACAUCCAGCGAGCGUUCGUUCACGACCGCUAUUACGUAGCCGAAGUGUCCGCCGACGGAACAGACGGUAACUUGGACGGCUCUCGUCGGCAUGUCGACGAGGGUGUGACGUAUAAUGAGUCCCAGAGACUUCAGCUGGAGCUGAAGCAACUUCGACAGGUGACCGGCAACGCAUUGGCGCUCGGCGACUUGCACAACGGAGUGCCUGACUUUUUCCUGUUCCACAUCGAUGGUAUCCAGCAGAUCCAAGACCGAAGCAAAGAUGUGAUGCUCGAUUCCACGUCUCUUCUUGCUCCAAUGGAACAGGUUUCGAAAGAGAUCCUGAAAAGCGCAGACGCCUUCAAGACAGCUUACGGGGGCAACUGCAUCGUUCAGGUACUGAUCACCAGCGGUAUACACGUACGAAAGCCAAGGGCAUCGAAAAAUGACCGUCCUGCAAGCGCUUCCAACACCACAGUUUACACCACGUACCAGUUCUACUCGCCGGAUUACCCCGUUAUGUUUAACAUCAUCCUGUGGCUGACGAUAUCCCUUAGUGUUACGGUGUUGAUGAUCAGCGUUGUUAUGUGGUCAAUCGACCCAGGGCGUGAUUCCAUCAUCUAUCGAAUGACGAUGACCAGGGCAAAGAAGGAUUAA